AUGUCUCAGAACAAGAUCUACCUUAUCACCGGUGCCAACCGCGGAAUUGGUCUUGGGUUGACUGCUAGUCUUCUUCAACGGCCCUCUACCACCGUCGUCGCCGCUGUCCGCGACCCUGCCAAGGCCAAAGAAGCAUUGGAGAAGCUACCGAGAGGCAAGGACUCGAAGAUUAUUGUGAUCAAGCUGGACUCCGGAGUGGAUACGGAUGCCAACGACGCUGUCUCCCGCCUGCAGAGUGAUUUCGGAAUCUCUGCCCUCGAUGUCGUUAUCGCAAACGCCGGCAUUGCCAACGAUGGCAACACUGUUCUUAACACCACCCCUGAGUCUAUCCGUGAUCAUUUCAACGUCAAUACCAUUGCUCCCAUUUCCCUCCUCCAGGCAACACAGCCAUUGCUGAAGAAGGCACAGAGUGGCAAUCCCAUCUUCGUCGCCAUGUCAACUGCCGUUGGCAGCAUCGGGUUCCAGGAAAAGCUCGCCCACUUCCCGCACAGGCUGAGCCCCUACGGAGCCAGCAAGUCGGCAUUGAACUGGCUUAUUAGAAGGGUUCAUAUUGAGGAGCCUUGGCUUACUGCUUUUGUGUUCCAUCCUGGACUGGUCCUGACAGAUAUGGGAACGGGGCUGGUAAAUGCGGCCAAGGACCCGUCCCAGACCGGGGCCAUUACUGUUGAUGUGAGUGUCAGCGGUAUUCUCAAGACACUGGAUUCUGCUUCCAAGGAAAUCGGCGGUACCUUCCAGAAUUACGAUGGUUCUUUCCAGUUCCCAUGGUAA